ACUCCACCUCUGUCUUGCACAACUUUUGUCCCCUUUCUUACUUCACUUUACCUGUUUACCAGUUUCUAGUUUAUACUCACCUCCAUUUCUCUCCCACUAUAACCUUCCCUUCCUCCUUUCUCUCUCCUCAAACCAUAUUUUAGACCUCUAAAACCCUUGAAAUCCCAACUUUCUGUGCUCCCAUUUCAAAUUUCUUUCCGUUACUGAUUCAACCAAAACCCCAGAAAUUUGUUCAGUUCUACUCCAUUUCUUACCCAUCUAAAAAACCCACUUCUUCUUUUUUGCUAGAAUAUCUUCCAUAACUCUCUACUCAAGUAACAACCCAGAAAAAGGAAAAAGAACCAAACUUUUUCUUCCUUUUUUUUGGGUUUCUUACUCAUUUUGUGUUGAAGCUAUAUUUAACAUUUUGUACCCCAAAAAAAAGCAAACCCAAGAUGCCAAACCCAAAACCCAGUUCAAAUUCUCUCUCCUCAACUUUAAUCUUACUCACAAUCCUCUCAAUUUCAUCAAUUGUGAGCUCAAAAUCCACCAUUGAACCUUGCUCAAACUCAGACUCAUGCAAUGCAAUGUUGGGUUACACUCUAUACACUGAACUCAAAGUUUCUGAGGUUGCUUCUUUAUUUGGAAUCGACCCAAUCUCUCUCCUAACUGCAAAUGCCAUCGACAUUUCAUACCCGGAUGUCGAAAACCAUAUAUUACCUUCACAACUCUUCCUAAAAAUCCCAAUAAGUUGUUCUUGUGUUGAUGGGAUUAGGAAAUCUGUGUCUACUCAUUAUAAAACUAGGCCUUCUGAUUCUCUAUCCUCAAUUGCUGACUCCAUUUAUGGGGGUUUGCUGUCUGCUGAUCAGCUUAGAGAGGCGAAUUCGAUUUCGGACCCGUCUGCUCUUGAUGGGGAGAAUUUGGUUGUGCCUUUGCCUUGUACUUGUUUUAAUAACACUGAUAAUUCUUUGCCUGCUAUCUAUUUGUCCUAUGUUGUUCAGCCUGUUGAUGCAUUGCCCGGUAUCGCGGCGAGGUAUCAAACUACUGUUACUGAUUUGAUGAAUGUUAAUGCUAUGGGAAGUACUGCUAUUUUUCCUGGAGAUAUACUUUCUGUGCCUAUAUCAGCCUGUGCAUCAAAUUUUCCAAGCGCUGCUUCUGAUUAUGGUUUGAUUGUUCCAAAUGGAAGUUAUGCAAUUUCUGCAAGUCAUUGCGUACAGUGCAGUUGUGUCCCAGGGAGCCGAAAUUUGUAUUGCAUGCCAGCAUCAUUGGCAGUAUCUUGCUCAAGCAUGCAAUGCCCUGGUAGCAACCUUAUGCUUGGGAAUUCUACUAUCCAACAAAGCAGUGCUGGUUGCAAUGUCACUUCUUGCAAUUAUGAUGGUUAUGUCAAUGGCACGAUUAUGACUACGUUGUCUGUAUCUCUUCGGCCUCGCUGCCCAGGGCCUCAGCAAUUUCCUGCAGUAACUCCCCCUCCAAUUAGAGCUACUCAGGAAUCCAUAUACGCUCCGGCAUCAGCACCAGCACCAUCGUUGCACGCGGGAGGAACUACGUUGCCUGGAUCCACAGGCGCAGUUUUGCCUCCUUUGGGUUCAUUUCCAGCUAGUGGGCCUGCUAUGAGCACUGCUGGGAGUUUUAGCUCAGGUUCUUCUUUGGUGAAUCCAUUCGCUGUCUCCCAAAACACGGUUGCUUUUUUUGUGCUCCUUGUUUGCCUUGUGGCUUGUCAUGGCUUUUGAUGUUCUACCAAGUUGGAUUUGUUUGCUGUAUCUAUGUGACCUAAUUUUGGACGCUUGAUGAGGUUCUUUUUGUAUUGGUAAUCUCAUCAUGUACCGCGCUAUCUUGUUCAAUGACAAAUUGGUGUGUGCAAUCGGCAAAUUUAUCCUUUCUUCGUAAUGUUCGGACCUUGUGCAAAAAGGUUUUGAUUCUA